UUCACUGGCUGGUAUGUCUUUAUGUGAAGACAUGCUGCUUUGUAAUUAUCGCAAGUGUCGCAUCAAACUCUCUGGUUAUGCCUGGGUCACUGCCUGCUCUCACAUCUUCUGUGAUCAGCAUGGCAGUGGUGAGUUUAGUCGUUCACCAGCUAUCUGCCCUGCCUGCAAUAGUACCCUUUCUGGAAAGCUAGAUAUUGUCCGCACAGAACUCAGUCCAUCAGAGGAAUAUAAAGCCAUGGUAUUGGCAGGACUUCGACCAGAGAUUGUGUUGGACAUUAGCUCCCGAGCACUGGCCUUCUGGACGUAUCAGGUACAUCAGGAGCGUCUCUAUCAAGAAUACAAUUUCAGCAAGGCUGAGGGCCAUCUGAAACAGAUGGAGAAGAUAUAUACUCAGCAAAUACAGAGCAAGGAUGUGGAAUUGACAUCCAUGAAAGGGGAGGUCACCUCCAUGAAGAAAGUGCUAGAAGAAUACAAGAAAAAGUUCAGUGACAUCUCUGAGAAACUUAUGGAGCGAAAUCGCCAGUAUCAAAAGCUUCAAGGCCUCUAUGAUAGCCUUAGGCUACGAAACAUCACCAUUGCUAACCAAGAAGGUACCCUUGAACCAUCCAUAUUCACACAAUCCGGUGUUUUUGGCUUCCCUUUAGGGAGCAAUUCCAAGUUUCCUUUGGACAGUACACCAGUUCGAAAUCAGGGUGGUGGAGAUGGAGAUUUUCACUUCAGACCAUUUUUUGUGGGUUCUCCCACAGCACCUGAACCCAGCAACAGCUUUUUCAGUUUUGCCUCCCCAAGUCGUGAAUUAGAGCAGCAGCAAGUCUCUAGCAGGGCCUUUAAAGUAAAAAGAAUUUAGCUCAUUUUACAGAAUGUUUCUCUGUUCACUUUCAGUGAUUUCAUUUAGCAAGGAAUCUUUGUUCUAGAUAAAGGUCAAGAACCUCCCUGUGCUAUUAAAAGUUAUCUUCACAUUUUCAACUUAUAAGAAACUUCAGUGGCAGUGGGGGAUGGCUUUAGAGUCUGGUUUCUUUUUCUGUUUCCAUUCCAAAAAGCAUGAGCAUUUUAUUAAACUCAAUUUCAUCGUGACUUGUUGAGUUUUCACCAUUAGUGAAAAGGUUACAAUAUUAUUGGAUGUUUUGUAGAUCACCAUUUGUAUCUGUGUGGGAUAUUUCUGACUGAUCUAUGUGUUUAUGUGUAUGUAUAUAAGCACCCAUGUUACAUGUCUACAUGUCACUUUGGGUUCUGGUAUUUAUACAUGUAUGUAUAUGUGUUCCUUUACAUUGGUAUUUUGCUGUAUUUGCUAGUAGAUUUAUGUGCAGAUUUUGGUCUCAGGAAAUGGCGGGUGAGUCUGUAGCUUGUUUUGGGGUGUGUACAUUUAUUUGUAUAUAUUUAUGUAUUUGCGAUUUUAUUAACUUGUUUAGCAAUAUGCUUAUGUCAAUGAAUGAGAGUACAAUUUGAUGCAUGUAUUUUCAGUUCCUAUUUCUAUUUAAAAAUAAUUUAGAUUGAGACAGUUAUU